AUUUCAUUCAAUUACAGAUGACAAUGAAGCAGAUCAAGUCAACGGGUAAAAUGAUGAGGAAAUCCUGUCAACCCAAAAAUAAUGUCGAAGACGAAAAAAUCGAUCCACUCAAUGACGGAGUAUUUAUUGAAGAAAAAGAAGUGAUGUGCUACGUAGCAUGUAUCAUGAAAAUGGCAAACACGAUGAAAAAUGGAAAACUGAAUUACGAAGCGGCAAUCAAACAAGCCGACAUGCUUUUGCCUGAUGAGAUUAAAGAACCGACAAAGGCUGCAAUAACUGCCUGUAGAAAAGUCGCUGACUCGUAUAAAGACGUCUGCCAGGCUUCAUUCUACGUGACGAAAUGUAUUUACAAAGAAAAUCCAGAUAUAUUCUUUUUCCCAUAA